UUUUUGUGUGAUUAUGUUAAUAUGUAAAUAUUUUGUUGAUAAAAGGGAGUUAUACAGUAAAUUUGUAUGGUAUCCUAAUAGGAACACACAUCAUUCAGUGGAAUAAUUCAAGUGAUACAAACACAUUGAGAGCAGGAAUGAAAUAUGAGCGAGAGUACGGAAAUUAUCCAUUUUCGUUCAGUUUUUUGAACCAGCAAGAAAACCGUUUAAUGUUGUCACGGAAUAGGACAAGGGUGACGGUACCCCCGGCCGGUGAGCGGGGGUCAGGGAAUGUGGCCAGGAAGUGUCUGUCUGAGGUAGAGAGGCAGUGUAGUGACGGCUCAUGUAUCUCCCGUAUUGAGUUGUGUCCUGAAGAGCAGCUGAUGAACCAGAACACAAUCUUGAUCAUGAUCAUUGUGGGACUUGCAAUUGUUAUCUUCCUCGUCAUCCUCUAUUGCUUCCAGCAGCGACAAAGUCGUGCCAACAGGCAGUAUGAGAUGGAGGGUGAGCAUUCGGACGAGUGUGACCAUGAGUCUCUGAACGCCCCACCCCCUACAUAUGACGAGGUUGUUCACACCAACAUGUACCCGGAGACCCCCCAGACAAGAAGGUUAAGGGAGUUGUCCGAGGAGCCGUCGAGCCCGAUGACACCUCCCCCAAAUUACGACACGGCCCUCAUCAUCCUGGCGCAGAGUGAAGAGUCCAUCCUGUGUAAGCCACACAGUCGCCAGAGCUCGGUGAUACGCCGAUGCAUUUCUGUGGACGAGAUACAGACUCGCCAGCCACAGACACCUGUGAGCUCUAGCCCAGAUGUUGAACACAAAGAUGGCAGACACAAAUCUAGAAGGAUAUUUAGAUUCAGUAAACACUUUAGUAGAAGACUUAGCCAAUCCAAUGGUUUUAAAUCUAGUACCAGUAAUAUAAAUUCAUCACAGUGCCAGUCAUUUUUAAUAACACCUCCGCCUUACCCACUGACUCCGCCCUUGUAUCCCUUUACUCCGCCCCCUCCAUUGACACCUUUAGUGGUGGAAUCUCAAGAGAGCCAAUCUAGUGCUCAAACUGCAAACAGUCUGGUUACUGACAUUCAGGCCACUCAGCCUUUGGUGCAUAUUGACUCCAAGUCAACAGAACCACGUUUGGAGGUGACGCAAGCUGUGAGUGAUUUGCACCAUGAGCAGGAAACUUGUGGUGUCGCCAGUAAAAGUAACACAGUGACCAUGUCCACAGACACAGGCUCAUCAAGCAGAACCCCUCUUCUCAAACAGUCAAAUGUGCUUAAAGUCUUAUCAUCUAAUGAAUGUCUUAAUACUCCUGUCCAAGAUGUUUUGUGACCUUGACAAAUAGGUUGUUGCAUUUCAUUUCUGUCUGCAAUGUGAUAUUGUGUUAGGUUGUAAGAGGACAAAAUAGGAAAAGAAUAUAAAUGUUUUGGAGAGAGAUAACUCUUUAAUAUAUAAAACUUGUAUCAUAAAUGAAUCUUUAUUAAUGCUGUAACAUGUACCAAAGUUAUGUGUUAAUUAUGUUUAAAGACAGAUAAUACAAUUGUCUGGAAGUAAAUGUGUUAUUCAGAUGCAUGCACGUUUAUUAUCAGUCACACUUGUAUUGCAAAUACAUGGACACCUUGACAUGCGUGCACAAGUGAAGUAUUAGAGUGUAUAAUUAUAAACGGUAUAUGCACUUUGACAAUUUAUAUUAGGGAUGGCAACGAGUAGUAAAAUUAAUACUCGAGUACUCGGACGAUCGUUCGAUCGAGUACUCGGGUACUCGGAAAAAUUGAAUAUGUGUUCGCAAAGACAAGAUUGUGUAUACAUGUAUCGUUAAUGACGUAUAUUGUGCGUUGGUCGUAUUUUUGGUCAUUUUCACCUUUAAAGUAAACUUUCAUUACGUAUUAUAACAAACAAAUGAUAUAAAAAGAAAACAAAUGUUGUCUCAGGCUUUUAAUUUGUCUUAUUCGUUUCAUUUUAUACAAGUAUGCACUGCAGAAAUGAACAACAAUUAGAAUUACAAUGAAGGAAAAUUAACAGCAUACAUAAAUAAAGUGAAUGAAAUUCAAUAUGAAGUUCAGUUGUUCAGUUGUUUACUCUACAUUUUUUUUUUAAAUGAUAGUUUUUCGUACUGUGUAAUUGUUGUUUACCUCAUUAAUAUUCAUAAUUCUUGAUUUAAAAUAUCAACCAAUCAAUUGUGAUAAUCAUUGCAAAAAUAGUUAAAAUACGCCCAUUAAAAAAUCCAUUCUCGAAACAGUCUAUACUCUUUCGCUCGUUAGCGUCCAUUGUUUGGUGAAAGGUCUCUAAUUGGUAUACAAUAGAAUUGUGUAGGUGAAAGUACCGCUAUCAAAACUUCGCUAAUUGACAUCAGUGCUAAUUUGAAAUAGGGGUCCUUUGUUGACAAUUUGCAACCAUCACAACAACUGUCAACUAAUUGAUUGAGGUUAAUUGUGUACACAGCGGGGAUUAGAGAGACCGUAAAUUGUCCUCUUGGCAACUAACCAGAUCUGAUAUUUUGUCUGUAAAACGUGUAUUUGGUGAUUUUUAUAGAUUUUUUUUGAUUUUUUUUCCGAGUACUCGAGUAGUGAUUUGGUACUCGAGUACUCAGACGUUCGAUCGAGUACUCGAGUACUCGGGUACUCGUUGCCAUCCCUAAUUUAUAUCUUUCAUCUGUGGUUCUUAACUUUCAAGACGCAAAUGUAAUGUCACGUAGCUUAAAGUUGUUUAUGGCUGACAAUUCCAUGCUUUUCACAGUGUUUAUUGUACAGAUGGAGGUUGUAAAACUUACUAGUCCAUAAAGCUAUGUGUACCUGAGUUAACUGGAUAUUUGGGUUUAAAUUCUGUGCAUAGUGAAUUCACUCCUUACAAGUGUAUGUGAACCACUUUAUUCUUCCACAGAAAAAAGAUCUGUCGUGUUUGUAAAUUCUAUCACUAUGUGCCCAUGUGCAAUUUUUAAUUACUGGUACAGUUUCUGUGAUUACAAAAAAAAAUCCUGUAAAAAUGUGAUUAUCUAUGAAUGGGCAUUAACAGUUUGUCUCGGACUACAGGUUAUCUCACAAACUGCAAUUAUUUUGUGUUGUUUUAUGUAAAUUGUCGUGCUGGACAUGACUCAUGCUGACAAAUCAUCUGGCCCCAAUUUCUGAAAAAAAAAUAAGCCUGUUAAAGUCUUAUAGCUGCAUUCUCAUAGAUUGACCGAUUUUCGAACUUUUUUAUUUUUUGUCUUGGAAUUAGCAAAAGUUUUGCUUACUGUAAGUAUCUGCAAACCAGUGAUGCAAGACUGUUGACAAAAGAUCAGACUGUAGAUUUUUAUAUUUCCAUUCCAAAUUUAAUGUUUUAUGGCUUCAACUGUUACUAACGGUUUAAGUAAAAUGCAUAAAACAUCAAUAUGGGAGAAGAAAUGUGAAAAUCUGUGAUCUGAUCUUUGUCAUCAGUCUUUAAUCACUGGUUUUCAGAUAUGAAUGUAAAAAACUUCUCGUUCCAAGACAAAAACUAAAAAAGUUGUCAAAACGUUCAAUCUGUGAGAGUGCAGCUGUAAGUCAAACAGGCUUAAGUAAGAUACAUAUUUAUCUCAUUUAGACAGAUAACAUGCUUAGACUUGAUUCUAAAAGCCAAAACAUGGCUUAUCAUGAUUUAAAUGGCUUUAUAACAAUUAACUCUGUCACAAGUCUUUAAAAAGAAAAAAACACAAUACAAGCUUAGAUUUAUGCUGUACUUAGGGACUUUAGAUUGUUUGAGGAAUUGGGGCCUGCAUUUAUGUUAGUUGAUUGACUAAAUGUUAACUUUGUGGUGUAUAAUGUCAGAUUCUUACCAUGUUUAUUGUACAUCUAGUGUUGAUAUAUAUCAUACAAAUGUACCAAAGGUUUUGUAGUUGGAAUUUAAAUGAUAAGCUUUAAAUAUUAUUUCACUUAUUAAUAUAUACUUAAAUAAAAAUAA